AUGAGUGAGAGAGUCAGGAAAGUAGAGACAGAUAGAGAGAUAGGUCAGUCUUUUUCCGGCGUGAGUUGGACGGUGUUCGUUGAUAAUCUUAGUAAGAAAGUCUCUAGAAGAGAAUUAAGAGAUCUGUUUUUAGUCCAGGGUCAGGUGGUUAGAGUUUUCAUUCCAAAUGAGAUGAACAAACUAAAGUAUAAAUCCUACACGUUUGCCUUCGUUCAGUUUGUUAAUGAAGCAGGAAUAAGAAAGGCAGUAGAAAAUUUAAACCGGUUAUGGAUUGAUGGGAGGAAAGUUUUUGUUGGAGUUGCAAAAUAUAAGAAAGAUCGAUCAAGGUUGUAG